AUGAAACCCCAUGACCAUAAUGAGUAUGGGAGAAGCCUUAAUCGUAACUCAUCCUUUGUUCAGCCUAAUAUAACUCAGCCUAGAGAGGAACCCUAUGAAUGUGCUAAGUACAGAAAAACCCUCAGUAAGAAUUCACUCCUUAUUGUUCAUCAGAUCACUCAUAGAGGAAAGAAACCCUAUGAAUGUACAGAAUGUGGAAAAGCCUUCAACAAGAAGGUACACCUCAGUGUGCAUGAGAAAACACACACAGGAGAGAAACCCUUUGAAUGUAAUGAAUGUGGCAAAUCCUUCAGACAGAAAUCCUCACUGCAUGUACAUCAGAGAACUCAUACAGGAGAGAAACCAUAUGGAUGCAAUGAAUGUGGCAAAGCCUACCGAGAAAAGACAAAGCUCAUCAUACAUCAGAGAACUCACACAGGAGAGAAACCCUAUGAAUGUUCUGAAUGUGGGAAAACCUUCAAUCAAAAGGGACACCUCAGUAUACAUCAGAAAAUGCACACAGGAGAGAAACCCUGUGAAUGUAAUGACUGUAGCAAAUCCUUCAGAGAGAAAUCGACACUGCGUAGACAUCAAAGAACUCAUACAGGAGAGAAACCUUAUGUGUGUUCAGACUGUGGAAGAGCCUUCACCCUUAAGUUGAGUCUCAGUGCUCAUCAUAGAAUUCAUACAGGAGAAAAAACUGAUGGAUGUACUGUGUGUGGGAAAGUCUUUUCCUGAAAGUCAUAUCUCAUGUUACAUCGGAGAGCUCAUACAGGAGAAAAAUGUGAGAAAUCCUAUGAAUGCAAUGAAUGCGAGAAAGCUUUCAUUCAGAAAUCAUAUCUCAUUAUUCAUCAGAGAGUUCACACUGGGGAGAAACCCUAUGAAUGUAAUGUAUGUGAGAAAGCUUUCUCCCAGAAAUCAUAUCUCAUUAUACAUCAAAGAAUUCAUACAGGAGAGAAACCGUAUAAAUGUAGUAAGUGUAGUAGAGCCUUCAGAGAGAAGUCAAAACUCACUGUACAUCAGAGAACUCAUGUAGAAGAGCCAACCUAUGACUGUCCUGAAUAUGAGAAAAACCUUCCAGAAGUUAAAUCACCUGCUGGAUUAAAGAACUCAGAGAGAAGAGAAACCUUAUGA